AGGCCGUGGAGGCCGUGGUGGCCGUGGAGGCGAAGCGGCAAGCAUGAAAGGUGGAGACUACGACAAGGACUCGAGUGAAGAUCGAUACCCGGGCCAAUUCUUCUUUGUCUCCACGCAAGCGGCAGCUGCAGCAGGAGGCGUGGAAGGCUUUGAGGAGCCAGCUACUGUGGGAAAGCCCUCAGAGGAGCGUCUCCUUGUCAUCUCCUCGCCCCCAUCCUCCUCGUCUGAGCCGUCACCAGCAGAGGCAGCUCUCUUCGCGAUGUUCCCUGCUGCGCUGCUGCCGCAGGCUUGUGCAGGCGCAGGGGUGUACGAUGCUGGACUGGGGAUGGGAGGGGGCGGGCUAGGCUCGGGAGCUUCAGGUUCGGGAUUCAUGGGUGCAGGCUUGGGAGGAGGUCUGGGGAUGGAUUUGGGCAGUAGCUAUGGUGGGGGAGGCUUGGGAGGAGGCUUGGGAGGAAGCUUGGGAGGAGGCUUGGGGGGUGCGGUGGGCGGAGGGGGAGCUGCAGCAGCAGCAGGAGAUUUGAGCUGGGGGCUAGGAAUGGGAUUCCGGGAUAGUCUAGGGGGAGUAGGGGGGAUUGGGCGGAUGGGGGGAGGAUUGGGAGGGGUGUUGGGGGUAGUGAGCAGCUAUCAAGCAGCAGCAGGGGGGGCAGCAGGGGGGGCAGCAGAGGGGGCAGCAGGGGGAACACCAGGGGGAGGUGUUGGAAUGCCUCCAAGUGGCUUCUCUUCUUCUCCCAUGGGCUAUACUGCUGGCUCUAAUGCAUCGGGUUACAUCCCUGCAUCUGGUUACCAGCCCCCUGCUGGUUACCAGGCUGCCUCGGGUUACCAGUCUCCCCCUCCUUCGUUUGACGACCCUUCCAAGCGAAGGAGGGUGCAGGAUCGCCCCAUUCCCGCCUCAGAAACAACCGAGCCUCGAGGCCAAGGCGAGGGGCAGGCUCGGACGGAGCUUCGGCUGCCGGGCCAAGCAGUAGGCUCGGUGUUGGGAAAAGGGGGCAACACGAUCAAGAACAUCCGGCAGAUGUCUGGUGCCAACAUCAAGAUCCACCCCUCAGAGCCAGGCACCGCCGACCGAAUUGUGGAGAUCACAGGGACUACCACCCAGGGACUGCCGCCCAGGUACUGCCGCCCACACGCUCUGUUUCUGUCCAGUUGUUUUGUUCCUGGCCACGUAUUCCAUUCUGCCUAGGUGCUUCAUUCUCUGCCCCUAGGGGCACCGCAUGGUGUCCUUUGCUGGAAUGGUAUGGUAGACUUACUGUCAUGCAAAAAUAUUUUCAAUAACAUGCAACUUGCAUGUUACACCACCUCGCUUGCUUCGCAUCUUGACUUCAUCCUCUUGAUUCCUCCAUACCCACCCCUAUGCCAACAGUCAGAUGCUAGGUGCAGAGGCACUCAUCGAGGCAUGGCUUGGCAUAUCUGUGACAUUCUUAUUCUGCAACAUGCUUGUUAACCCUCUCUCGUCCUCCCUCUCCCUCCCUCAUCCUCGUUCUCCCUGCCGGGCAUCU